AUUUUGAGGUCACCUCUCCCAAGAAUGUAAUGGGAAUUGUUGGCCAGGACACAAUCCUUCCGUGCCACAUCUCUUCCACAAAGCCACUGGAGAACAUUGAAGUGCAAUGGAAGAAGAUCACAGAUGGGCGUAUAGAGGACAUCCACAUAUACAGUCCGUUUGAUGGCAAAUCAACACAGAAAUACCCUGGGCGGACAUCAUUGACAGCAGAUGGAUUUGCCACCGGCAAUGUGUCCCUAACAUUGAAGAACGUCCAGCCAGCAGAUGAAGGAACAUACGGCUGCCUCGUAAAGUCCAGGGACUGGAGCGCUGAUGCGGCCACCGUGCUCAGCAUUGCAGGUACCGGUGAAGUUUUCAUUGAGAUACUGGGCCCCCAAGGGCACGGGCUUGAGCUCGCCUGCAGAUCACAUGGAUGGUUCCCCAAACCUACUGUCCGGUGGGUUUCUCAGAAUAAGCACAGCCUGAAUCCGGACACUGAAAUAAAUAAGGACAGCCACCAAUUCUUCAGUGUGCUGAGUCGAGUGGUGGUUACAGGAGAGGAAGUGGGAAAAGUCACCUGUCAAAUCCUGAACCCCCUGGUGCAGACCGAGAAGAAAACUACUGUCUACCUCUCAAGUGCUGUUUUUCCACGUGCGUCUCCAUGGGUCCCUGCCUUCUGGAUACUCUUCACUUUAUUUCUUCUCACAUUGGCUGCUGGUGCUUUUCUGGUCUUUAGAGCAAAACAGAGGGCUUCUAAGAGAAAGUCCAGUGAAGAAACGGGUUUACAGGAGCAAGAACUUGAGAAGAAACAUACGGAUGGAGGUACAGUAAAAGGAAUCUUUCUGUUUUGAGAAAGUCCCACUUGGGUUUUCCGAAGCACAUGCAGCCAUCAGCAUGU